AUGGCCUGGAUUCGAGCGCUAUACUGGCGGCCAGGAUACGAGGGCGUGGGCAACAGGCUGAAGUGGAUCUGCGCGGAUUGCUUCGCCCGAGGCUUCAAGAAGAAGUCAGACUUCUGCUUCGUCUGCUCAACAGGAGCCGCUACCAAGAAGCACCUUCGUAACGCCCACGGAAUUCUGGCCCCACACGACGUUGCCGGAGGCGUGCGAGCCUCAUCUCUAGAUGGCCGGCCCAUCACCCACUUCAUUGGUGCCGACUUCAAUAAUCCGCACGACCAGUUCCUUGUCAGCAAGCUGCGUGGAAGAUUCAACAGCAAGGGGCUCCGGGUGCUCCUACUCGACUGGAUCACGUACCAUAAUCUGCCAUUCGAUAUCGUCAACACCGAGAGGUUCCAACGGCUCCUUCUCUACGGCAAUCUGCUCCUUGAUGCGACCCAUAUACCCUCUGGGAAGACGCUACUUCGCAUGCUCGAAUCUGAAUACAGAGGUGCCGUCGGGCCCGUAACGGAAGUACUUCGCACCGCUCGAUCACAGGUUCACUUCUCCUUCGACGGCUGGUCAUCCAAGUCCUACACCGCAUUUCUGGGCAUCAAUGCUCAAUUCAUUGAUCACGACUUUGCCCAACACCGCAUCCUCCUUGGGCUGCGACCUCUCUCGGGCAAACACAACGGUGCGUCGCUUGCCGAUGAGGUCGCCGAUACACUGGCAUUCUGGCAAGUCAACAACCCAGACACGGUCGGCUACUUCACGCUGGACAAUGCUGCCAACAAUGACACCUGCAUGGAAGACCUUGCCUUUGAGCACGGCUUCUCACCCGAAGAGCGACGGAUCCGCUGCGCUGCACAUAUCCUCAACCUCUGUGUGCGGGCAAUGCUGUACGGUUCGAAGCAAGAGAAUUUUGCUGCAAUUGUUGCUGCCGAUGGGGACGAUCUAGAUGACGAGGAGGAGCAAGUUGAUCAAGCUAUCGACGAGGCCCUAAAUGGAGAGAUGAAGGACGGUACGGACGAAGACCCAGGAGCAAACACUGCCGUUGACAUCCCAGAAGAGGACCUCACAUCGUCUCACCCGGCUCCGGACGAGAUCAAUGCUGCCAGCUUCAGGGAGUACAGUCAGAACGGCGCCCCCGGAAUGCUUCAUAACAUCGGUCUUCAGCUGCGAAACACACAGCUGUACGAACAUUUUCUUCAGUCUCAACGUAAGGAAUCCGGCCACGGAACAACACUUCACUGGGCCUUCAACAAUGCCACCCGGUAG